AUAGUCGUUAUUCAACGUUGACAACGGCAGCGGCACGGCACCCAAACCAGAAAAUAUUUCAAUAAAAUUUCGCAAACAUGGAUACUAGAGAAAGGCACAGCUACAGAAAUCCCGAGGAGAGGUCGAAUCUUUUUAGCUAUCUUUGCUUCGGAUGGACAGCGGACAUUUUUUGGAAAGGGGUGACACGAGAUCUUCAAAUAUCGGACUUGUACGAUCCCUUGAAGUCCGAUGAAUCCGAACGGCUGGGCGAUCGUCUCGAAAUGGAAUGGAAUAAGGAGUUAGCUAAGGCAAACAAGGAGCUGGUGGUUGGAAAAGACGGGAAAAAGGUGCCAAGCAAAAAACCGUCUCUGGGUGCAGCGAUCGCGCGAAUGUUCUGGGCAAGAUACAUGAUCCAGGGUCUACUGAUGCUGGUGCAGUCAGCGGUGCUUCGAUCAUGUACGCCGGUUCUUCAGGGUUGGGUGGUUAGCUAUUUCAAUCCCGGUGUCAAUCCGGUGAGCAGAAACGACGCCUUGCUUUACGCUGGUCUCCUGAUCCUCACCAACCUCGCAGUCAUAUUCACGAUACACCACUCAGGACUUCGCAAUAGGCAGAUCGGAAUGUGCGUCAGAGUUGCUUGUUGCUCCGUCAUAUACAGAAAGGUCCUUAGGUUGAAUCAGGCUGCCGUGAAUAACACAGCAGCAGGUCAAGUGUCGAACUUGAUAAGCAACGACGUGGCCCGUUUUGAUUUAGUACCCUUGCUGUUCCACCAUCUCUGGAUCAUGCCGAUUCAGGUCUCGGUCAUGGGGUACAUCAUGUGGCGGUCUUUAGGAGUGGCUGCACUGGUUGGAAUCGCCUCGGUGACAUUGCAGAAUGUGCCCAUUCAGGCGUACCUCGGCCGACUUAGCGCCAAUCUGAGAUCUAAAAUCGCGGUUAAAACCGAUGAGCGGGUUCAGAAGAUGAAGGAAUUGAUCUCCGGAAUACAGAUAGUGAAGAUGUACUCUUGGGAAGAACCGUUCGAGAUUGUGGUGUCGAAAAUUCGAGCCUUGGAGAUCAGGCUGAUAAAGUACACGUCGUAUCUAAGGGGUUUUUACUUGAGCAUUAUACUAUUUUCGGAGAGACUGUCUCUCUAUUUGACGCUUAUCACGUUUGUUAUGCUGGGAAAUUCGCUGACUGCUGAAAUCACGUUCGUAAUGUCGAGUCUCUUCAGUGUGAUGAUGUUUACAUGCGUAGUUUCCGUUCCUCAAGCAAUCAUAAUGGCCGGCGAGACUGCAGCGACCCUGGAAAGGUUGACGGAAUUUUUACUACUGGAUGAGGUUAAGUGCCUUGAAGAUGGAGACGCUCAAUCUUCAAAAGAAAUCAGGAGAGAGCCCGACGUCAUAGAAGUGAUGAAGAGGAACUGGAGGCUCGAGAACGGUGUUGGCAUCGAAAUGAUCAAGGUUGCCGCGAAUUGGAUUCUGGGUAAACUGCCGCCGACAUUGUGCGACGUUUCGCUAACUAUAAGGAGCAAAUCCUUGUCAGCUCUCGUCGGCCCGGUCGGAUCGGGCAAAUCAUCCUUGCUGCAUCUCAUUUUGGGUGAAUUACCAGUUGGAGCUGGUAAUCUGACGUUAUACGCUGGUGAAAAUAAACCAGAAAACAAAGUCACCAGUCGUGAUAUUAGCAUCUCGUACACCAGCCAGGAUCCUUGGCUAUUCUCCGGUUCCAUACGCGAGAACAUUCUCUUCGGUCAACCCUAUGACAAAAAUCGGUACCAAGAGGUUACCAAAGUCUGCGCCUUGCUCAAGGAUUUCGCUCAGCUUCCUCAGGGUGACUUGAGCUACGUUGGAGAAGGGGGAGCAUCUCUUUCUGGAGGCCAGAGGGCGCGCGUCAAUUUAGCUAGAGCUAUUUACAGGGACGCUGAUCUCUACCUUCUCGACGAUCCUCUGAGUGCCGUAGACGCUCAGGUCGGUCACCACUUGUUCGAGGAAUGCAUCAUGGGUUUCCUAAAGGGGAAAACCCGGAUUCUCGUCACGCAUCAGCUCCAACAUCUUCAACACGCGGAUUACAUCGUUGUUCUGAAUCGCGGCACAAUUGAACAUCAAGGAUCUUAUGAAGAGCUCGCCAAGUCAAAUCUGGACUCCAUAGUUUCACAAUCAGUCGAGCCAGAAGAAUCCGCUAUGGAAAUUGAGCGCGCUGUCGAAAGUCAGGACGAGAAGAUCGACUUCACGAUCGAAAAAUUGAACGGUGCGGCGGAAAUCAAGUCCACGGUGACCGAGGCAAGUAAGGACGACGGAGAUUUAUCGGAGGAGAAAAUGGCGACGGGAGAAAUAUCGAACAAAGUGUACUGGGACUACUUCAGAUCCGGUGGUAACAUCUGUUCACUGAUCUUCUUCGCGGUCAUAUUCAUAAUCAGUCAAAUAGCGGCAAGUGGCACCGACUACUGGAUAACCCAUUGGACCAACCAGGAGACGCUGAGGGUUUCUUUGAAGCUGAACAAAUCAAUGACCGUUUCGAACCAAACGGUUGACCAAAGACCAAACUUCUGGCAGCCGACGUGGUUGGAUGAAUACGGCAUACUUCGUCCCACCAUAGCGGUUUACGUCUACACCUUCUGCAUAGCCGGCUGCGUGUUCUUCGCCCUCUUCAGGAGCGUGCUAUUCAUGAAGCUCUCUAUGAACGCGAGUCAGAAUAUCCACAACACCAUGUUUGCUAAUCUUCUGCAAGCCACGAUGAGGUUUUUCAACACCAACCCAACUGGGAGGAUUUUGAACCGGUUCUCUAAGGACAUUGGAACCAUGGAUGAGCUGCUUCCAAGAACGCUGCUCGAAGCACUCCAAAUAUUUGUUUACAUCAUAGGGAUCCUGGUGAUGAUCGCGAUUGUUAAUACUUGGUUGAUCCUGCCGAUCAUUCUGAUGAUUAGUAUCUUCUACGUCGUUAGGUUUUACUAUCUGAAGACUGCGCAGAACAUUAAGCGAUUGGAAUGCGUCACUAAGAGUCCGGUAUUUUCACACGUCAGCUCAACCCUCGAUGGACUGACGACGAUAAGAAGCAGAGGACCGCGAGUUGAAGAAUUGCUCCAAAAAGAGUUUGACCGGUACCAAGAUACGCACACCGGCGCCUGGUACUUGACAGUAACGACAGCAACCGCGCUCGGAUUUGUUCUGGAUAUCGUUUCGUGCGGUUUCAUAGCCUGCGUUUGCUUCGUACUGAUCCUGAUGAAUGCUGAUGACACUCUUGCCGGCUCCGCGGGACUCGCUAUUUCUCAGUCCCUCAUGCUAACUGGAAUCCUUCAGUAUGGCGUCAGGCAAGGUGCCGAGGUUAUCUCCCUCAUGACUUCGGUCGAAAGGGUUCUUCAAUACACAAAUCUGCCUAAGGAGGGACCCUUCAAAACCGACAACCCACCGCCUCCAUCUUGGCCUUCGACCGGUGCUUUGACUUUCAAUAAAGUAUCCAUGAGAUAUGCCGCCAACAAGCAGCUGGUGUUGAAGGACUUGAACGUGGCGAUAAAAUCGGGUCAAAAAAUCGGCAUAGUCGGAAGAACCGGCGCUGGUAAAUCGUCACUGAUUUCGGCGCUUUUUCGGCUGUCAGGAGACGGUCUUGAGGGUGAAAUAAACUUGGAUGGCAUCGACACGAAGUCAAUUGGACUGCACGAGCUGCGCCCCCGAAUCUCAAUCAUCCCCCAGGAGCCGAUUUUGUUCUCGGCAAGCAUGCGGUACAACUUAGAUCCCUUCGACCAAUUUUCGGAUGCUCAGCUUUGGGAUAGCCUACGGGAAGUUGAGCUCCAGGACGCCGUGGCGUCUCUCGAUUUCAAGGUCGCCGGGGGUGGCGCGAAUUUUAGCGUCGGACAGCGCCAGUUGAUUUGCUUAGCCAGAGCCAUCCUGAGGAAGAACAGGAUACUCGUCCUGGACGAAGCAACCGCCAACGUUGAUCCUAGCACCGACGCUCUUAUCCAAAAAACUAUUAGAAGGAAAUUCACUGAUUGCACCGUCCUGACGAUAGCUCAUCGGUUAAACACGAUCAUGGAUAGUGAUAAAGUCCUUGUAAUGGAUGGAGGCCGAAUUGCGGAAUUCGACCACCCUUACUUGCUGUUGAAAAAUCGUUACGGUAAUUUUUCACAAAUGUUACGUCAGACCGGAAAAUCAACGGCGGAAAAACUUUCGGAGAUUGCUGAAAGUGCAUAUCGAUUCAGUAAUUUCAAUGAAGACGUAUCUGUUGAAAAAACGAACGAGGAAAGACGAAUUACUGCCUCUGCAAAAGAAGUUACAUACUUAUAAGGAAAUAGAUAAAAA